AGACAACGAAACUUCUGAAACUAGGUCAUUUUCCUCUCAAAUUGCAUAUUUAUUUUGUGAAAAAGCAAAGGUGGUUUUAUACAUCAAUUCUCUGUCCACUUACUUAACGGUUCAGGUGAAAGAUAUUUUUCCAUUUACAUCCUUGUCUCAUGUAUACAAUUCAAUUUCAAUUGAACCGCAAAAUAUUCCAUCUUGCGCAUCAUUGAAUUUAUUACAUUUGGGUAAUCCCAGUAAAGUUUCGGACUUUCAGAGGUUGGUUCUACAAUCACUUUAA